CUUGAGUACCUGCUCGGGCACCGGUUACCCGAAGAGAUGUCGCUCCCUCCAGUAGAACGCCAGCUGAUUGUCUUCGACUUUGACUGGUCGCUUGCCGAUCAGGACACGGAUAGAUGGAUCUUUGAGGUCCUCGCCCCCAAGCUGCGCAAGAAGAUGAAGGGGCUCAAGCAGGAGGUCCAGUGGACCGACCUUGUUGCGCAGUCUCUCAGAGAAUUGCACGAGCUCGGGGGUACGAGGCAGGAAAUUGAGGAUACCCUCCGCAUCAUGCCUUUCCACCCUGCGAUGGUCCGCGGCACCACUGCGCUCAAGUCGCGCGCAAAGACGACGUUCUUCUGCCUCUCGAACGCCAACAUCAUCUUCAUCACCACGAUCCUCAAGUCGAAGGGCCUCGACGAGCUCUUCGAUGAGAUCGUCACGAACCCCGCCGAGUGGGACCCCUCCGGGCUGCUCAAGCUGCGCCGGCGCGUCGACCCCGCCGGCCCCCAGCACGCGUGCAAGGUCGGCUGCAGCCCGAACAUGUGCAAGGGCGACGAGCUCGAUGCGUUCCUCGCGCGCCACCAGCCCGCCUUCGACCGCAUCGUCUACGUCGGCGACGGCUCGAACGACCUCUGCCCCGUCCUCCGCAUGCGCAAGCAGGAUGUGGUAUUCUGCCGGCGCUUCCGCGGGUUGUACAACCUCAUCAAGCCGUACGAGGAGGAAGGCCGUCUCCCGUGCCAGGUGCGCUACUGGACGGGCGCGUGGGAGGCGGAGGAGCUGCUCGACCAGCUGUAGAGUAACCUCCUAGAAGAAGAAACAAACAAGAAGGGAUGCAGCUUACGACUAGAUGUAAACUAGCUACGAAACGUCAACUUCUCCUUGAAGAACUUGCGAACAC